ACGUAUCUCUAAAUCCCUAUUUGUUCAUAUACAAGAAGUUAAUGUAAUAUUGUAAACUAUUCAAUGAAGGUGCGUGUUAAUUAAUUUUAAUAAUUUUACUCAUAAAUUGUGAUUUCAAGUUAGCCUAAGUAAUAACAUUUCAUUUUAAUUAGAUAAUCAAUUCAUUUUUUCUUUCUGGUUAUAGAAAAAAUAAUGAUUACUCGAAAUUCAGGUACAAGUUAUGAAACUCGUUCAAGUAUUCAAAAACAGAAGCAACAGGAUACACAACAAUAUGCAACUAAUUCAAUACAAAGCCACCUUCAACAUCAAACUACCCAACAAAAUCAAGGAAAUACAAAGGCUAAUGUAUUACCGACUGAAGUUUCAUCUUACGUAUCUAAUCCAACCGUUUCACUUCAAAAUAACACUAUAAAAGAUGAGAGCAUUCAAUCGUCUGUUGGGGAACUAAGUGAAGAAAAACCUAAAGUGAUUUGGCCACCAAAGCGCAAAAUUGAUAAAAAAGAACAAAAAAAAAAAAUCAAUGCUAGAGUUCGCCGUUUAGUAAGUCCAAAAAGUCCUCUUAUGGUAUUUACUGAGUUGUACAAAAAUGUACCUAUUACAUUACAUGAGCCCGUAAUUCAAAAUAACUGUUUGGUUUAUACUGCAACUAUUGAGAUGGAUGGUCAAAUUUACUCAGGAGAUCAUAUGUCUAAAACUCAGGCUAAACAAAAAGCAUGCGAAAAUUUUUUACGUAGUUUGUUGGCAAAAAAAAUGAGUGAAAGUAUUGGUAAGAAAAUUAUAUUAGAAAAAAAAGAAGAAGUAAAAUUAGUACCUAAUGAAAAAUCAGAUGAGAAUGGCACAAAAACCCAAGGACCACUAUUAGAAGAUUUUCCUUGGCCACAUUUUGCUUCAUUAGCAAUGCAUAAUUUGAUUGCUCACUGGGAUCUUCGAUCUUUCAAUAAAGGAGCAUCUGAUGAAUCUAUUGAUAAACCUAUGAAAAAGACAGUUGGAAUGAAAAAAUUCCCAGACAAUCCUCUAACAUUUAAUCCAUUACAGCUGCUUCAUCAAUUGCAUCCUGGUAUUCAGUUUAAUGAAAAAACAAUAACUCCUAGUAAUCCUCCUAAUUUUGAGGUAUCCUGUGUUAUCAACAAUGUUUCUUUUAACGGACGAGGUAAUACUAAAAAAGGAGCUAAAAAAGAAUGUGCUAUUGCAGCUAUACGCCAUCUAUGGGGUUUUGAUUUCAAUUCUCACACUGUAUAAAUAAUAAAAAG